GUGCGUGCGUGCGUGCGGCGGGAAGGAGGGGGUGCUGCCAAGAUGGCGGCGAUGGCGGCGCUGGGCCGCCGGCUGCGGGCGCUGGGCCGGGCGGUGGGGUGCAGGGGGGUGCAGAGCCAUCCGGGAGCCCCCCCCGUCCCCCCCAGCCCCACUGAGGCGCCCCCCGACCCGCACCCCCCCCAGCUGGAGGAGUCGACGGCCGACUACGCCUUCGUGGAGCGGCUGCUGCCCCCCACCCGCAUCCCCGACCCCCCCCCGCACCCCACCUACCCCACCCCCUCGGGCUGGAGCCCCCCAAAAGGCCCCCCCCCAGCCCUGCCGUACUUCGUCCGUCGCUCCCGGCUCCACAACCUGCCCGUCUACCGCCGCCUGGUCAAGGGCAACCGGCGCCUGACCGAGCUGCGGCACGUCGAGGGGGACAUCUGGGCGCUGGAGCGAGAGCUGCGGGCGUUUUUGGGGGUGCCGGAUCUGGAGGUGCAGGUGAACGAGGUGACGGGGAGCCUGCAGCUGAAGGGACACUGGGAGCGGGAGCUGCGGGACUGGCUGCUGCAGAGGGGCUUCUAGCACCCCGAAAUACACCGGGGGGCCCCAAAAGGGACUCGGGAGCGGUGGGGGGGACCCCCAAAACUGCCUCACGCGUGGCAGACGCUCCCCUGAAACGGGAUGGAAAGCGUCUCCCAAGCCGUGGGGGGGACCCCAAAACAGGAUCGAAGCCGCGGGGGACCCCGAAAUCGAGUCAAAGGCCUUCGCGAGCGGCAGAGACUCCCCUGGAACGGGAUCUGAGCAGCAGGGGACCCCGAAACGGUGUCGAAUGCACCUGCGAGCAGCGGAGGCGCCCCCGGAACGCAGGGGGACCUGCUCGCGCGCGGCAGGGACACCCCAAAACGCAAACCCCCUCGUGAGCGGAAGGGGCCCCCCCCCCAAAACAUGAUGUGAACCCGCUCCUGAGUGGGGGGUGCCCCAAAACGGCAUCGCCUC